AUGGACCGCUACCCGCAAGCAAUGCCGCCCUAUGCGAAUGCGCAGCAGCCGGGCGACGCGGCCGCCUCGCACCCGCCCAACCCGCAUCCGCACACCCUGCUUAAAGUAUCCUCCGAACCAAACGUCCGGCUUCACCAACCGCCUGUUCACCCUGUCUGCCAGGAAGUCAAGCCGCGCCUCACGAAAGAGCAACAUGACAUCCUCGAAGCCCACUUCCAGCAGCAGCACAAGCCGAGCACCACUACGAAAAAGGGUUUCGCCGAGUCGCUCGGCGUGCCUCUCGAGAAAAUCAACAAUUGGUUCCAGAACCGCCGGGCGAAGGUCAAGCAGGAUAUGAAGAAGCAAAUGGCACAGUACAACAUGCAUGUGCAGAUGCAGCCGCAGCAACACCCGCCGCAACAGCAGCAACAACAGCAACAGCCCCAGAUGCCGCAGCAGCAAAUACCCAUGCAUACUCCGAUGCAGGCCCCUCCUCAAAGCGCACCGCAAUCGCAACCGCAAAGGCCCGAUUUUUCGUACGGACCGCCCGAUAUGAGUUCGUCAUCGUUGCCGGGGAAUGGUUUCGCAGUGCAGCAGGCCCCAGAAAUGAUGGCCCCACAAAUGCCCCCUCAAGACUACAGCUCCAGCCAUGGCCACCACGCUCUGUCCUCAAUUUCCGAGUCCGCCCACCCUGGUUCUUUCGACGUCGUUAUGCAGUCGCUGGUCAAUGCGGGCUAUCCGGUGCAGGCGAGCAGCGCGAACGGAAUGCCUCCUGGCCUCCAGCCCACGGAACCAUUCGCUUCGUUCGAUGGUUCUAGUGUCCCUCAUUCCAUGGGCGGUGAGUCGCACUUCGCAUUCGCCGACUUCUCAGGCUCGGAUCCCUUUGGAGACGGGCUGGGCGACUAUGGAGCCGAUCAUUUCGAUUACAGCACCCUGGCAUCCUCUGCUCCUGCGUCGUUUUCGGGCCACAAUGCUCGUGCUUCUGCAUCGAUCGAAACCUCGCCUUAUUCUGCGGGCCAAUCGCUUCAGAACGGCGGCUCAUCCGCCACAUCUGUGCAGUCAGGCUGGAUGGACGACGCAGCCAGGGUCAACCAGCGUGAGGAUUCUCAAGAAGGCUCAAUCUGCGGCAGCGUGCCUGGUCCAGGGGGACAGUGGAUGGCAAAUCAUUUCCAGCCGCAAGGGGUUUACCAGCAGAGCAACACGUCGAAUCAGACUCUGAUCUCGACCGCAGCCGACCCGAGCGAGGCGUCCAUGUACCAGUUCGGCCACCCGGAUUUCAACCCGCCUUUCCCCUUUUCCGAUGAGGCGCUGCAUCGCCGCGAUUCUCCUGCCACAGCGCUCGCCCAGUCAAUGGGCAACGUCGAGAUCCAGGGCCAAUCAAAUGGCGAUUUCAAACAACCCGACCAGCCAUCGAGCACAUCGUCGAGCAUUGCUACACGGAGGCAGCGGCCCCGUCCGGCGGCUCUGGGCCAAGCAGCCCUUCGCAGUGCGUCGUACAGUGCGGGCAUGCCCUCCUCGCCCGGAGCGAACAGCCACAACCUGAAAGCCGACCACACGCUCCGCAGGAUCCGUUCGACUGGCCUGGUGAACAGCGGUCGCAUCCAGAAGGCCAAUGCUGGCUCCGCUCAGCGCUCACCAAUGCAUUUCACCUUCGCCGAAGCCGCUGUUUCGCCGAAGUUCACAACUUCUACUUAUGGCGGCCCAAGCAUCAGCGGUCCGCCCGUCUCAACUGGUUCGCUGGCGCCGCCAACUCCUCUCACGCCAAGCGAAGCCGGGCGCUUCCCGUCUUGGCAAAGCCCCGGUAAUGUGCAGAGCAGCGUAACAAGCAACCAAGAUACGACCAGCCGCGCAGACGGCACAGGUGUCUUGUACAGUAUGGCCCCGACCUCCGCCGCUUUCUCCACCGCUUCGCCGCCCGAGACCCCACUCUCCCUUGCGUCGCUCUACGGGCAUCGCGCAAGGGUCAGCAAUGGGUCCCUCGUCAGAGACACGCCGCCGCAAUCUGCACCGGCGCAGCAGCAGAGUUUUCCCCGGUCGGCCUUCGCUCCGCAGCAGACGUCCAUGGCCGAAGAGGCGCAUCAGCAACCACAGCCGCACCAGCAGCCGCAUCCGCAUCCGCAGCCGCAACAGCAACAGCAGCCGCAUCUGCAAGUGCAGCCGCAGCAGCACCACCUGCACCACCACCAGUCGAUGGAAAACACUCACAGCCAGUUGAUGAUGCAGCAGCACGCCCAGCGGCGGCCAUCCCUCCCGGAAGGAGUAGUCCCGUACGACAUGGCGGCAAUGCAAUAUGCUGUGCCCAUGGUCAAUGCAGAUGGUGACUUGCAGAUGGCACACCCGAUGCAGUUCGCUCAGGACCCUUCGAUGAACUAUGGAAAGCAAUCACAGCCAACGAUAGCAUUCUCACCGGACAUGGGCAACAGCCAGAUGCAGCACCACAUGGGCAUGCACCAACCAAGCCUUUAUGUCCACCAUUACUCUCCUCCCGAUGGCUCUUCUGGCCACGGCGGCCAGGCCAACUCGAGACGCCCGAGCGAGAUGCAGCCGAAGAGCUACAUCUUCGCCAACCAAACGCCCGGUGAUUUCAAAGCAUAA